AUGAGCACUGAAAGCAUGAUCCGGGAUGUGGAGCUGGCUGAGGAGGCCCUCUCCAAGAAGGCAGGGGCCCCUCAGGGCUCCAGGAGGUGCCUGCUCCUCAGCCUCUUCUCCUUCCUGCUGGUGGCAGGAGCCACCACACUCUUCUGUCUGCUGCAUUUUGGGGUGAUAGGCCCCCAAGGGGAAGAGUAUCCAGAUGACUUUCAUCCAAUCAACCCCUUGGCCCAAACACUCAGAUCAUCUUCUCGAACACCGAGUGACAAGCCUGUAGCCCAUGUUGUAGCAAACCUGCAAGCCAAGGGGCAGCUCCAGUGGCUGAACAAGCGUGCCAAUGCCCUACUGGACAAUGGUGUGGAGCUGAAAGACAACCAGCUGGUGGUGCCUUCCAACGGGCUGUACCUCAUCUACUCCCAGGUCCUCUUCAAGGGACAAGGCUGCCCUGCCACCCAAGUGCUCCUCGCCCACACUGUCAGCCUUAUUGCUGUCUCCUACCCAACCAAGGUCAAUCUCCUUUCUGCCAUCAAGAGCCCUUGCCAUAGGGAGACCCCAGAGGGGGCUGAGGCCAAGCCCUGGUAUGAGCCCAUCUACCUGGGAGGGGUCUUCCGGCUGGAGAAAGGCGAUAAACUCAGCGCUGAGAUCAAUCUACCUGACUAUCUUGACCUCACUGAGUCUGGGCAGAUCUACUUUGGGAUCAUUGCUCUGUGAGGGGGA